AUGUCUCCCAAGCAGGUCGUCGUCGCCGAGACCCCCGCCCCCGUCGCUGCCCCCGUCGUCCCCGAGCCUACCGAGGUGAAGGUCGAGGGUGAGGUUGUUGCCACCGAGGCCGCCGUUGCUCCUGAGGCCCCCAAGGCCAAGGACGCUGCUGCCGCUGAGGUCGCUAAGACGGAGGAGAAGGCCAAGGCCGCCAAGGAGAAGGUCAAGGCUGAGGGCAAGGGCUUCUUCGCUAAGCUUUUCGGCAAGAAGGACAAGAAGGCCGCUAAGCCCGCUGCUGCUAAGACCACUGCUGAGGCCCCCAAGGCUGAGGAGCCCGUCCUCCCGCUGCUGAGGCCGCCCCUGCCGCUGAGGCCGCUCCUGUUGCUGCUGCUGAGGUCGAGGCCCCCAAGCCUGUUGAGGCUGCCGCCGAGCCUGUCGCCGCCCCUGUGGUCGAGGCCCCCGCUGCCCCUGCCGCUGAGCCCGUCACCACUCCUACCGCUGAGGAGCCCUACCGCUGAGGAGCCGUCCGUUGUCGCCAAGGGAGAGCAGGCUGCCAAGGACGCCGAGGCCGCCGUCGAGAAGGAGGCCACCAAGGCUGUCAAGGCCACUCGCCGACUCUCUGCUCGCUUCACUGGCUUCUUCAAGCACAAGGACGCCUCGCCCAAGAAGGAGGUUCCUCCGUCUACCCCUUCGCCGGAGACUGAGGCCGCUGCGGCUGCCCCCGCCGCUGCUGAGGAGGCCGCUCCCGUCGCCGCUGUUGAGACUCCUGCCGCUGUCACCGAGGCCGCCCCCAAGAUCGAGGAGCCGGCGCCCACUGAGCCUAUCCAGAUUGAGGCUACCUCUGCGCCGCCUGCUGCCCCCGCAGUUGCCGCCGCGGCUUAG